CCGCCAGUCCUCCACACGACUGAUGGCUCCAGCCCUUCGUGGUGGCUGGAUAUUAUCCGCUCUCUCUGUAUUGUCUCAUCCUUAUGGGAGUGUGGGGGCUGCUCUUCAUCUGUGGCUAUUUGAAAUUAAAGUUGUGGUGAAAAUGGAUAACGACUCUGAUUGUGAAAUAAUUGAACCACUAAACAGUUGUGAGUUGACUCCGCCUGUAUUUCCUAGAACUUCAAAGGAAAAUUUAAAUGCAAACGCAGCAGCUUGGUAUAAAACAGCAUAUAUUGACCUUGAAGAUGAUGACAGUCUUCCUGAUUUGAACGCAUACCAGUCUCCAUAUAACCCUGCCCCCUCCAUAUUUGUUAAUACAAAAUAUGGGGACCUAGCCCAAGAAAAACAGUCGUACUACUACAAGGAAAAACAUUCUUCUACUUCAAGAAUUGAGAGUGAAGAGGAGGAUGAUCUGUCUAUUCUCGAUUGUUCUGAUGAGGAGUUGUACUCGGAUGUUAAAGUUACAUACUCAAAAGUAGGUGAAAAACGCCUUGCUGCAAAGACUUUAGAUUUGGCUGUGUGUAAAAAUGGAAAUGUUUAUAAUGUUGAUACAGUGGAUUUGACCGAUGAUGCUCCUGAUAUUAUACAUUCAAAUGAUGAUGAGUUAAGCCAAAUACAAAUUAUCAAUUGGUCUGGACAGUGUCAUGGGGUGCAUUCAUCUAUUAAAGAUGCAGACUUCCUUGAAAUAGUCAAAGAAAUACGUAAAGAUGAAUCGAGGAAAAGCUUAGUCCAAAAGCCCUUUGAAAACAAGUUGAAAGCCUCCAGUAGCAUUUUACUGUCCAAUAUUGACAGUAUUGAUUUUCGUAAGAUAUUUGAAAGAGUAUAUAACAAAACAAUACGAAAUAAAGCUCCAGAGUACAAUAAUGUUAAAAUGGGUCGCCAACACAUUUUAUUCCUUGAAUAUUUAAUGAAUCUUAAAAUGGUUGCACACUCUGUGAAUGGAUUAUAUAAGAAAUUAAAGUGUUUAGAGCACAUAGACAAAUGUUUUAGACAAGGAGUGUGCACUCAGUGUUGCUGGCCAUUUACUUUGGAGCUUGCAUUCACAUGCAUAAAGACACAGAAGCAAAUGUUGAAGAGCUGCAAAGGGUCAGAAAAUAGAAUCAGAAACCUCGUCAUUGCUCCAUUUAAUUUCAAACUCGAAGACAUUACUCAAAUUAAUUCAAAUUCUGAUGCCUGGGGGCCCUGGAAGACAAGACAUGAGAUGGGGAUGCAAGUAAACCCUCUGAUGAUGGCCCAACCCAACCCAGAAGAAGAAGUAGAGGAGGAUGAUGAUAUGGGUAUUGCAGAAACAUAUUCAGACUACAUGCCAACAAAGUUGAAAGUUGGCAUCAAGCACCCUGACCAGGUGGUGGAAACAGCAUCAAUGUCAUCAGUUGAGCCACCUGAUGUAUGGUACGACAUGGACAUUCCUGAUUCCUCAAUUGAUACGGGGAAGCUUUCAGCUUUACAGCUAGAGAGCAUCACAUAUGCCUCACAGCAGCAUGAACAGUUUCUACCAGAUGGAACCCGGGCAGGAUUCCUUAUAGGUGAUGGUGCUGGUGUUGGCAAAGGGCGCACAAUCGCAGGAAUUAUUUACGAAAAUUAUCUUAAGGGUCGGAAAAAAUCUAUAUGGGUGUCGGUGUCAAAUGAUCUUAAAUAUGAUGCAGAACGUGACUUAAAAGAUAUUGGUUGUGGACAUAUUUCAGUUUACUUUCUCAGUAAAAUGAAAUAUGGGAAGAUAAAUUCAGACCUUAAUGGAAAUGUGAAGAAGGGUGUGUUAUUUGCUACUUACUCAGCUCUCAUUGGAGAAUCAUCUAGUGGACAAGGAAAAUACAAGUCGCGACUAAAACAGAUAUUAAAUUGGUGCGGUGAUGACUUCGACGGUUGUAUUGUAUUUGACGAAUGUCAUCGUGCCAAGAAUCUAAGCCCAGUUGGUUCAGGAAAGCCAACCAAAACAGGAUUGACUGUCUUAGAUUUACAGAAUAAGUUGCCUAAGGCUCGCGUUGUUUAUGCAUCUGCGACAGGUGCUUCUGAACCCAAGAACAUGGCAUAUAUGGUUCGCUUAGGAAUUUGGGGGAAAGGUACUCCAUUUCCAGAGUUCACUGAUUUUAUUAGUGCUGUGGAAAAGAGGGGUGUUGGUGCUAUGGAAAUUGUGGCUAUGGACUUAAAGCUUCGUGGGAUGUACAUUGCUCGUCAAUUAAGUUUCCAUGGAGUAUCUUUCAGAAUAGAAGAAGUUCCUUUAGAUGUAGACUUUCAACAUAUGUAUGAUGAGUCUGUCAAAUUGUGGGUGGAUGCACGACAGAAAUUCCAGGAAGCAUCAGAAUUAAUUAAUGCAGAAAAAGGUAUGAAAAAGUCUAUGUGGGGUCAAUUCUGGUCAUCUCACCAACGUUUCUUCAAGUACCUGUGUAUAGCUUCUAAGGUGGAUCAUGCAGUCAGAUUAGCUCGUGAGGCUGUUAAAACUAAUAGGUGUGUUGUGAUUGGUUUACAAUCUACUGGCGAGGCACGAACAUUAGAACAACUGGAGAGAGAUGACGGUGAACUUUCCGAUUUUGUUUCCACCGCCAAAGGUGUGAUGGAAACUUUAGUAGAGAAACACUUCCCAGCACCAGAUCGCAACCGCAUUAAUAAGAUCUUAGGAAUUUCUGAAACAAGCAAAGAAUUUAAGGACAUAAUUGAUGAGGUUACCGGGAAGACCUCUAAAAGAAAACCAGUGCGGCAAGCUGCUCAGCGCGCAGCUAAAAGAAGGUUCCGGGAAGCACACUCGGAUAAUGACGAGGACUCUGAUUUUGAGAUGUCAGGUGAUAGUGGAGGAGAAGAGGAAGAUGAAGAUGUCUAUUCAUCGGAAGCUUCGUCAGACUUCUCAGGAAUUAGUGAUUUUGAUGAUGAAGAUAGUUGGGGUCGUCCCAAAAAACGUGGGAAGGCUAAAAAUCAUAAACAGAAAAAUGGAAAAGGCAGAGCUGAAAAUGGAGAUAGGGCUCCACCUCCACCUAGAGAUCAUGUGGAAAAGGCAAAUAAAUUAAAAUCAGAACUCUUGAAAUCAAUAGAAAACUUGGGUAGAAAACUACCUCCCAAUACAUUAGACCAGCUAAUUGAUGAAUUGGGAGGGCCAGAGAACGUUGCAGAAAUGACAGGACGCAAAGGCCGAGUGGUUCAAAGUGAUGACGGUCAAGUUAUGUACGAGUCUCGUUCUGAAGUCGAUGUUCCUCUUGAAAUUUUGAAUAUUAGAGAAAAAGAAAGAUUCAUGGCAUCAGAAAAAGAUAUAGCUAUUAUCUCUGAGGCUGCAAGUUCAGGCAUCUCGCUCCAGAGUGAUCGCAGAGUUAUAAAUCAGAGAAGAAGAGUACACAUAACACUUGAACUACCUUGGUCUGCAGACAGAGCCAUCCAACAGUUUGGUCGAACACACAGAAGUAACCAAGUGAAUGCUCCAGAGUACGUGUUUCUCAUCUCGGAACUUGCAGGGGAACGGCGCUUUGCUUCCACUGUAGCCAAAAGAUUAGAAAGCUUGGGAGCUUUGACACAUGGUGACCGCAGAGCAACAGAAUCCAGGGAUCUGUCAUCAUUCAACAUAGACAACAAGUACGGCCGUAUGGCAUUGGAAUCAACGAUGAAAACUAUGAUGGGUUAUGAGCAUCCUAUAGUUCCACCUCCCGAAGACUAUAAAGGAGACUUCUUCUCUGAUAUUCAGAAUGCCUUGGUUGGAGUAGGGUUAAUCCUUAAGGAAGAUAGCAUACACCAGCUGGAUAAGGAUUAUAACAACAUGAGUAAAUUCCUCAAUAGGAUAUUAGGUAUGCCAGUAGAGCUACAAAAUAGAUUAUUCAAGUACUUCACCGACACACUAGCUGCUAUUGUUAGUCAGGCAAAGCGUACUGGAAAAUUCGAUAUGGGUAUUUUAGACUUGGGAAUAGGAGGGGAAGGAUGUAAGAAAACCAAAACCAAAACCUGGGUGGGUAAACACGUGACUGGAACUGCCAAGACAGAGCUCCACACCGUCCUUGUUGAGCGAGGUCUAUCUUGGUCAGAAAUUCAAGAGAAAUGGGCCGAGCUUACUGGAGACUUGGAAGGGUUUUACCUCUCACACCAGGUACGAAACAACAAGAAAACAGCGGUGCUUGCUGUAUUGGAACCAUCUCCUGCCAACAAAAAGCGCGAUAAGAAUGCAAGAGUGUUUAUUUUAUAUCGACCAAACACAGGAAUGCAGAUGAAGCAGGAGCCAUAUUCCGACCUUAAGAAAAAGUACAAGAAAGUUACCCCAGAUGAAGCUCAAGAACACUGGGAGGAACAGUUUAAUUCAUCUAGUCACAUAUGUUCACAUGCUUAUUGGCAAGGCAAUUGUCGACGUGUGAAUAGUGGGCUAGAGUGUGAGAUUGGUUUGCGGCGGCGCACCUACCACGUCUUGUGUGGCUUGGUGUUGAAUGUUUGGGCAAGAGUAGAAGAUGUUCUCUCCUGUGCACCACAAACGCAUUCUUCAGCUAAAAUGCAGGUUGUACGACUCAAGACCAGUGAUGGCAUUAAACUUGUUGGUACCCUCAUUCCAAAUAACUUGGUAUCCCGACUUUGUGAAGUGAUGGAACAAGAAAGUACAGAAUCGUAUGAAGAAAAAUUCACAGACGAAGAAAGCAAUGAUAGCAAAGACAGUAAAGAAUAGUGAGUGUUCAAAUAAUAUACCGACAUGUGGAAAGACAGGAAUGACUGCUUCAGGAGCUGAAAAGAUAAGGGUACAACAGUAGCAAUUCUUUGGUGUAUGAAUGUUCACAGUGGUGUUAUUUAUAUUGCAAAAAUAAAACAAAUUUGUAUUAUAUAAUUUUAAUUAGAUACUUAAUUGUUAUUGCUACAACUGCUCCAAACAUACUUAUGUGUCGUGAAUUAUAGAGCAUUAUUACCAUGCCAUUGAAAUGGUCAUAAGAGUGCCGAUUGAUGGCUCUCAAGACCAAGAAGAUUUUCAUUAUGAUUGUGAGAUGUUAUUAGGAAGUGUAGUGCAGUAAAAUUUUAGUUGCAUCCGUGGCUAGUUGUGUUGCUUAGUUAACCACAACAACAUCUGGUAUUGUAAGUUAGUUAUAUAACUAGUGUUUGUUGGGUUUGUAGCACUCUGAAACUGAUGUGGAUAAUCGGCAAAAUUAUACUCCACUCCUUUACGUGAAGUGCAAGUCAAUUUAACUUGACUUGUUUUGACUCGGGCCUCCUGUCUGGAUCUGGGUUGAGUAUAAGGAAGAAUUAGAAAAUGUUAGCUCUGUGUAAGGUAAAGCUGGAAUAAGUCAACUUCGUGUAUAGUAAAGCUUGAAGACGUUAGCCUUGGUAUGGGCAAGUGAUACGGUUCUUUCAGGUGAACACCUCUCUGUUGAGGGGAUCUGAUGACAAUUAAUGUGGACUUGUGUAGUGUACCUGGUGUGAAGCAAAGAACAUAAUAUUAAAGAAGUGAGCACAUGCUCUAGAUAUCAAUAUAGAGGAAAAUGUAGUUUUCAUAGAUUUUGGCACCCAAUAAUUUGCAAUUGUGUAUUAAUUGUGCACAAAUUAAUGUAUCUUGCAUUUCAAGAUUAGUCUUGAACAAUUCAAUCAUGAUAUUUUACCCAUUACAUUUAUUUAGUCUUGUGGUCCAGUGUUUCACUAUAGUAGCUCUGAACUCAUUUAAAUUAUGUGAACUGAGGGAGGUCACCUUUUCCUUAAAUUCAGUUAUUUAUUUUAAUAUAUUCUGCAUGUAAUGUUAUCAUAUAAUUUACAAUUUAAUGUGACUAGUUUUCCAAAAAGUAAUGGAUGUAUAUAUAUUAUUUGCCUGUUUUCAUACUAUGUACAAUGUAUAAACUUGGAGGUAUUCAUUCAUUUAGACAAGUUUAAUGGAUGUAAUGUAAAAGAUUGUAAAUUUUAUGCCUGCAAGAUUACCUUUAUAAAUUUAGAUUUUACUGAUAAGAUUUAUAAGAGUAUAUCUUCAAAGUAAUAGUUUGUGAGUAAUUUGGAUAUAUACCAUGCAGUUGUGAUCAUUUAUGAGGUGCACAUUAGUAGUGUGCGUGAGUUAGGAUGUUGCAGGACAUGGUCAGCAGGCACUCAUAAUCAGUUUACAGGGCAUUUUCCAAAGUAUUGUACAACGUGAUCUCGUAUGACCUGAACUUUUUUAUGGCCACAAUUCUGUAGCUUUGUGUGUGGCUGUUAUAUUUGGUUGUUGAUACUCAACAGUGAUUGGCUACAGUGGUUUCCUCAGUGGACACGGGUCUUUUUUAAUCCUAUCUGAACUAAAUGGCAGUCAGUCUUUUUAAACAAUUACAAGUUUUCUCUGCUGCAUGUAAGGCUUCAGAGUUUGGGACGUAAUAUUUCUGGUUGCCAGGUUGGCAGCGGUGUAGAUAGUACAAGUGGUUUCACAAAAGCAGUUGCCUGCAGGAGGGUAAAUUAAACAUUGUGUAAGUUUUAUAUGAAGUUACUUAUGUGAAUGGGAACACCAUUGAUGACAAAAUAUCAUGGUUUUGUAUGUUUGUAUAAGAGUUCUAGGAAGUAAUAGGAAUAUAAUAAAUGUUGAGUGUGAUGUAGUUGUGUUUCUUUCAAAAUUAAUUAUUUUCAAGUACAGUACAAUAGUUGCAUUUCCAGGCAUGAGAUAUAUUUAUACAUCUCAUUUCUAAGAGGUGGAGUGCAUUGUAUUGUCGUCUCCGUGUACCCUCCUGUUGGCAAGAGCAGUGUUUGGUGUUCUUCCAUGUGAGUCAUUGUGAUUAGGUCAGUCAUAUGCCACUCAUACCAUACAGUAGUCACAAUUCCCUCACCAGUGAGUAUUCAUUCAUUUUGUAGGCCCUAGCCACAUUGAUCUUUUAUUUCAAGUGAAAAUAUUAUGGUUGCUUUAAACAUGUUUCAUCUACCACAGUUGGCUCUAUUCAGGUUGAACAUUAAUACCAGGAACGGCCAAAUUGACGUCUGGAACAAAUUGGCAUGUGUCAGGAAUUAAGGUUUUCUUUUCAGAUCUCAUUGCUAGACAUAAUUUAUAUACACCCGCUUCCCCAUUUUGCAGUUCAUCAUACUGUACAUUGUAUACGAAAUGCCCUCAUCAGAAGUGACAUCAGCAGCAUUUGACUGAUGGAGAAAGGGAAAGUUCAGAAACUUGUACAGUAUCUCUUUACUAUGAUUAUCAUAAUUUAGAAAUUUUGGGUAUUAGUGAACAUUUAUUCUCCACCAGCCACUUGCAACAAGACUUAGUACCAAUCUUAGUACUGUACUUACAUUGUACUGUACCAAACUGUUAAGUGAAUAUGUAGCAGUCAAUUAUACUUGGAUAUUUGUUUA